ACCGCGGAAGUGACAGUCCAGCUUUUGUUGAUGCGGAAGAGACAAACUUUUAAGGAUGUUUUGCGAUUGAAGUUGUUCUCAAAUUAAACAUUAGUAGCAGCGGAAAAAAAGAGUUGGCGGGUUUACAGCUUUUUCUAAAACGACAGACUUAAGUUUAACCGACAUAUCAAAACCUAAUGGCUGGUGGUAAUUUACAGAAAGCUAUCGAUCUCGCUUCCAAAGCUACGAAGGAGGACAAAGCCCAGAACUACGAGGAGGCCCUCAGAUGUUAUCAGAGUGCAGUGCAAUACUUCCUUCAUGUUAUCAAGUAUGAGGUGCAGGGGGACCGAAGUGCACAGAGCAUCAGGGCCAAGUGUGCAGACUACCUGGACAGAGCCGAGGAGCUGAAGGAAUAUCUGAGGAAAAAGGAGAAGGGACCUCCGGCCAAACCUGUCAAAGAGUCCCAGUCUGAUGACAAAGGGAAUGAAAGUGGUGAUGGGGAGGACGAGGAGAAAAAGAAGUUCCAAAAUCAGCUCUUAGGUGCCAUUGUCAUGGAGAAGCCAAACAUUAAGUGGGACGAUGUGGCCGGACUUGAGGGAGCCAAAGAAGCCCUAAAAGAAGCUGUGAUCCUGCCCAUCAAAUUCCCUCACCUGUUCACAGGAAAGCGAACUCCUUGGCGGGGCAUCCUUCUGUUUGGCCCUCCAGGAACUGGGAAGUCCUACCUGGCCAAGGCGGUAGCCACAGAAGCCAACAAGUCCACCUUCUUCUCCAUCUCUUCCUCCGACCUUGUGUCCAAGUGGCUGGGGGAAAGUGAAAAGUUGGUAAAGAACCUGUUCUCGUUAGCCCGAGAACACAAGCCAUCGAUCAUUUUCAUCGAUGAGAUCGACUCCCUCUGCAGCUCCAGGAGUGACAACGAGAGCGAAGCGGCGCGCAGAAUCAAGACCGAGUUCCUCGUCCAGAUGCAGGGUGUUGGAAAUGAUAAUGAUGGGAUCCUGGUCCUGGGAGCCACAAAUAUACCCUGGACACUGGACUCAGCAAUCAGGAGAAGGUUUGAAAAGCGAAUCUACAUUCCUCUGCCCGAGGAGCACGCUCGCUCCUUCAUGUUCAGACUGCACCUGGGCUCCACGCCCAACGACCUGACAGAGGAGGACUUCGUCACUCUGGGCAAACGGACAGAGGCCUAUUCUGGAGCCGACAUCAGCAUUAUUGUUAGAGAUGCCCUCAUGCAGCCUGUCAGGAAGGUUCAGUCAGCCACACACUUCAAAAAGGUUCGGGGGUCAUCAUGCAACAAUCCUGGCGUUGUGGUGGAAGACCUCCUGACUCCGUGUUCGCCAGGUGAUCCCGACGCCAUAGAGAUGACGUGGAUUGACGUCCCUGGGGAGAAGCUUCUCGAGCCAGUCGUGUGCAUGGCUGACAUGAUGAGGUCGGUGACGAGCACCAAGCCGACAGUGAAUGAGCAGGACUUGGAGAAGCUGAAGAAGUUUACUGAGGAUUUUGGUCAAGAGGGCUAGCAACACUCAGGCUAGCUAGCAAUUAUUUUCACUGUCAGUUAAGCUUUUGAUUAUUCAAUUAAUCUUUUGGUCUAUAAAGCGUCUAAAAUGAUGGAAAAUGUUCAUUACAAGUUUCUGGAGCCCAAAGUUUUACUUGUCUGAAAGAUGCAAAGCAACAGAGAAGCAAGCUACUAUUACAGUUUUAGAUGAAGUUGCUGUAACAGCUGUUUGCCUUUAUGACUGGAAAAUGGACUAAAAUGAUUAAUCGAUUAUCAAAUUCUUAAUUGAUGACUUUUUUGUUGAUCAGUUAAUCAACUGUUUCAGCACUUUUUAGCACUAAUUUGUCAAUCCAGUGAAGCUCAUGUUUACACCUACACAUUUGUAAGGUUUCAUAUUUCUUUUACAUAAUGAUUUUAUUUUGGGUGUCUUAAGCCAAACUGAUUAUCUUUGUUUUUUCAAAGGAAAAUGUACAAUCUGUUUAAAAGUAUGUGCAGUAGUGAUGAUGCAACAGGUGGUAAAUGCACAUUUUCAACACAACAUCCUAAUAUAGUCUAUAUGACAGUUUUACGACACUUAAACACAAUCAGUUUAGGGGCUUUUGUAAUUGGGAAUUUAUACCAUAAAAUUUAUGAACACUUACUAUGUUUUAAACAUGUUUACUUUCGCUGGUUGUUUUUAUUUCACUACAUACAACAUUGUUAUCAGCUUCAAAAGGGCCUUUUGGGUUUGUAUUUACAAAAUUUUGCCAUUACAUAUAAAAUAUUGUAUAUUAUUGUAUUAUAUACAAUUAUGCUUUAAAAACUAUUUUUCUAAAUUCUGAUUAACUUUGGCCAGAGAGCUGUAUUUACUACGCUUCUGCAGUUUCAACUGUCAGGCUUUAGUUGUUGAUUACUGUAUGAAUUCCUUAUCGAUCCUGUCAAUAUAUAUCAGCUGUGUUGCCAUUGGGUUUGAAGUAUUUCUUUAUUAAAGAGUUUCUUUUGGGGUUUAAAGAGGUGUCUGGUUACAUAAAUAAAACUUGAAGUGGUCAUUUGCACGUUUGUUGUAUCCAACAUGACAUGUUCUGUCAACGGAAAUCUCAGGGUUAAAUAAACAACACAAAACCAAAAAA